AUGAGUGAGGAAGCGAAGAGAAUGGUGAUUGUAGGUGGAGGAGGAGGACCUGCUCCUGUCGCCAAGCCUCUCACCGAUGAUCGGAAGUCAUCCGCAGGUCCGGUUGCGAAUUCCGGUGCCGGAAAGAAAGUCAUCAUCAAGAACGCGGAUAUGAAAGAAGACAUGCAGAAAGAGGCCGUCGACAUUGCCAUCGGCGCAUUUGAGAAGAAUAAUGUGGAGAAAGAUGUUGCAGAGCACAUUAAGAAGGAAUUUGAUAAGCGGUAUGGACCUACUUGGCAUUGCAUUGUCGGCAAAAAUUUCGGUUCAUAUGUUACGCAUGAGACGAACCACUUUGUUUACUUCUACUUGGACUCAAAAGCUGUGCUCCUAUUCAAAUCUGGCUGA